GCGCUGCCGUCGGGCGCAGCGCCGCAAAGCGUCGCGAAAUGCCCGCCCCUCGCCUGCAAAGCGCGGCCGGGAAGAUGGCGGCGGGGAGGGCUCUGGGUGCCGGUGGCGCCUGGCUGCGUGGGCUCCUGGGCUGGGCGCGGCCGGAGAGGUGGUUAGCAUCCAGUAGUGUUUUCCCUCUGUCAUGCAUCCACACAAGUGCAUGUCUACAGAAACUUGGGAAGUGGGAGAAGAAGAACAGGAUUGUUUACCCUCCGCAGCUGCCUGGAGAACCUCGCAGACCAGCCGAAAUAUAUCACUGUCGGAGGGACAUAAAAUACAGCAAAGAUAAGAUGUGGUAUCUGGCAAAACUGAUAAAAGGAAUGUCCAUUGAUCAGGCUCUUGCUCAGUUGGAGUUUAAUGAUAAAAAGGGAGCAAAGGUGAUCAAAGAGGUUUUGUUAGAAGCUCAAGAAAUGGCAGUAAAAAAUCACAAUGUGGAAUUCAAAUCAAAUUUACAUAUAGCUGAGUCAUUAACAGGCAGAGGCCAAUAUGUGAAACGGAUCCGUUACCAUGGUAAAGGCAUGUUUGGCAUCAUGAAAUUAGUCAGGUGCCACUACUUUGUGAAGCUGGUGGAAGGUCCUCCUCCUCCUCCAGAGCCACGAAAGACUGGUUUUGAUCAAGCAAAAGAAUAUGUGCAACAGCUGCGAAAUAGAACACUUGUUCAUACGCUGUGACAAACUCUUGUGACUGUAUUGGUACUUCUUGUUUGACAAUGUAGUUACAUAAAAUAAUAAUUAAAAUCAUGUGUUGGGUAUAUUUUAA